GCUCAUGCCAUCGUCAACAACUUAUAUCUUGUUGUCGCACUCUACUGGUUUCCGGCUCUUCUGUUUGCCCUGGUUCAACUAUUUCUGCUGCUGUUGGGUUUACCCACUACGGCCUACCAAAUGCGGAGUUUGGCUGAGUCCAAUAUUAGUUCCAAAACGGUUCGAAAUCCUAUUCUGUGGCUUCCACCACAGUGGCUACGAACUCAACUUAUCCCGCUAAAAGAUGAGGCCCUGUUGCAUCCCUCGAACCUCCCCGUUAAUUUCACCUUACUGCGUGAAGGAUUAGUACACGCGACUCAAAAUCCCUCUUCACUGGUGCCGGAAUUCAGUGCUGGUCAGUGCUUUUGGUUCGUGGUAGGCGUUGUGCCUUGGCUUAGCUUCUCAAUGCUCGAUCGUCGCGUGGAACGAAACCGACCGCUACGGGAACCGCCAGUCAAACGGGGCAAAUGGUUGACCAAAUGUAAAAUGGUUCGUGUUUGUCUGACCACCGCUGCCCGUCUGGUUCCUUCCAUCUUGAUCUGUGUACUCUCCGUUGUGAGUCUGAUCUAUUGGGCUCCCGGAUUCCAAUUAUGCGCCAAUCUAGACGGGAGAAUUUGCCGCUGGAUCAGCCUAGCUGGUGAUGCCGAAGAGGUCAGUAAUAGCACCCAAUUCAAUUCAACACUCCCACCUUGUCCAACAUCUAACGCAGACAAUUACUCAUCAUCGGUCGGAUUGAUUGUGGUGUCCCGACCAAAUCUCACAGAAGUAAAUCGGACAUUCCUUAUUCUACUUAGCUCCGUCUGA